GGAAGCGAGGGAAGCGCCGCGGAGCUCCCGGCGGAGCUGGCCCGGGCCGGUGCCAUGGCACCGCCGCUGCUGCAGCUGCUCUGCGGGACCGCCGCUCUCCUGCUGCUCCGCGCCGCCGCCGACACCGCGCACUGCAGCCGCCCCAAGGCCGUGGCCAACGCUCGCAUCGAGGCUGGGGAACGCGCGGAGCUCAAUUCCCGCCUGCGCUACUCCUGCAACCCCGGAUACAAACGGAAAGCCGGGACCUCCAGCCUCAUCCAGUGCAUCCUCUGGAACGGCUCCGAGCCCCGCUGGACCGACCCCACGCUCCAGUGCAUCCGAGAUCCGGCUCUUUCCUGGGAAACUCCCGGUCCGGAGAGCACAACCCCGAGAGCAGGUGCCACCGGUGCCAGCCCGAAUUCCAGCCCCUCUCCAGCUUCCAGUCAGUCAGCACCUGAUGGGCCGUCACCGGACGGAUCCAGGCCACCGGAGAUGAUUCCAACACCGGACACACCCACGCUGGGAGAGGGGACAACCCCGCUGCCCAUCCCGCCCACGGAUUAUGCCCCAGUUUCCAUCCAGUCCGUGGCCUAUUCUGUUGGACUCCUGGUGCUGCUGGCCAUUGGAAUCGUGGCUGUCUGCUGCUGGAGGAGGAGGAAGCGCACCAGGCAGGGCUACAUGGAGACAGAGAGGGACAUUCCCAUGGAGCCUCAUCCUUCUGGGAAUGAGGAGGUGGCACCUCCUGCCAUUGUCCCCACGGGCUGA